GAGGGGGAAGGGGGAAGGGGGAAGGGGGAGGGGGUACAGUUGUAAAGAAACGGGAAUGUUGUAUGUUAGCGGGCAAGGGGAAUGGCCGAGGAAUGACGCUGAUCAUCAAUUUCUCUCUUUGGUGUAUGGGAAAUUGGGCCGUGAAGCAAUUCCGCAUUGUUUCUGCUACGAUUUAUUCCCAGUUUUCAUGAAAUAGAAAUAAAUCAGAAUUCCUAAUUAUUUGACGCAUGUGACAAUCGGUUGAACGCUCGAUGUAAAUGUAUAAAAUUUGUUUUCCGACGAGGUGACUUUUAAUUGAGAAAAUGUAAGAUAAUAGAGAAAUUGGAAAAAUGUGAUUUCCAUAGGAAAAUAAUAAAUGUAGAUAUUUGAAUCGGUAGAUUAUUAUGGAUGCAAAAAUUACACAUUGUAUAUUCUGUAUCGAAAAUUUAAACAAAAUCAUUUUAAAUUUUCAUAAAGCCGCGCGAUAUUUAAAUUUUAUUUAAAUGUAGUAACGUGCAAUAUUCAAGUCAUAUUAUUUGACAUUUUUAUGAACGUGAAUUACAGAAUAUUUGAACGUAACUAUAUACAAAAAAUCCCUUCAUUGAAUUGUAUUCAUGAAUCGGUUUUACAGCCUGAUCAAUGUUUACGUACAACACAAUACCCGGGGUACAAUCUUGUUCAAAAUUUCGCAUUAUUCGGCUCGUGAUUUGUCUAAUCUUGGAGACUGGAUUGGAAAAGUUGAUAGAAAAAUCGUUUAAAAUUGUUGUGAGAUGAGAGAAACAUUAUUUGGAAAAUCACACGAAGUCCUGGAAAAUGAAGUAAAUACGAAAACAACGUCAAAUUUUUCUACAGAAUUUAUUUAUAAAAAUAGUUUUCGAAGAACACAAUAUUUAUUGAAAAAAGAAAACAAUUGAAUCGAAUGGACGAGAAAUGAUACGAGAUACAAAAAAGAAAUUCAAGAUUCAGUGCAAGAUGAAAAGCAAUUAAAAUUGUGCCAAGAGCGUGCAAGUUUAUGGACUACUAUCCGAAAACACGCAGUAACAGGAAGAUUACUGGAAAGUUUCGCGCAAGCUCUAGUCUGGGAAACCCUAAGCGAUGGCCAUCUUGCCCCCUCAGGCCCCGAUUGCAGUAGAUUGAGUCAUCGACGACACCCCCACCCCUCCAGAGGGAGAAAAGGAUUUUACUGUCUUAGGAAAUCGAUGUUUCUAAUUGGUCGGACCCAAAAGGAUUAGGUUGGGCCGGGGACAGCCAUAAAAUCUAUAAAUUGGCAAGGAAUGCUACGUCUAUACUCAGUAGCCUCUGAAACGUGUAACUAGUCGGUGCAUAACUAGUCAGGUGAAUAUUUCAAGUGAACUAAGUGGAAAAAUAGUUGUCAUUGUGAAGACAUCAGCAAAGCUAGGAAGAUGAACAAUUAUACAUCUCGGAAUAACAUGACCACCAACAACUCACCUCCGUCAUCGACGAGCAUCGAAUCUUCGCCCAAUUCGUCCAUAUCCAACUGCACUAACGAUAUCAACGCUAGGUAUAUAUACCAGAACGUUUUGACUACAGACUACAACGAGCGAAUCUUGCGGAUGAUGAACCCAGCCCAGAUGAGGCCCAGCAAUACGACGUGGAUGAAUCAAGAACAGAGGGAAUACUUGCAGCAGACACAGGCAAGAAUGCAGCAGAUACGGCCAACAAUGCAGCAGAUAUGGCCAACAACGCAGCAGAUACACCCAAGAACGCAGCAGAUACACCCAACAAGGCAGCAGAGACAAGCAACAAUGCAGCAGAGACAAGCAACAAUGCAGCAGAGACAAGCAACAAUGCAGCAGAUGCAGCCAACAAGGCAGCAGAUACAAGCAACAAUGCAACAGAUGCAAGCAACAAUGCAGCAGAUGCAGCCAACAAGGCAGCAGUUACAAGCAAUAAUGCAUCAGAUGCAGCCAACAGUGCAGCAGACACAGGCAAUAAUGUAUCAGAUGCAGCCAACAACGCAGCAGACACAGGCAACAAUACAUCAGAUGCAGCCAGCAAGGCAGCAGAUACACGAAACAAUGCAUCAGAUGCAGCCAACAAAGCAGCAGAUACAGGCAGCAAUGCAUCAGGUGCAGCCAACAACGCAGCAGGCACAGGCAGCAAUGCAUCAGGUGCAGCCAACAACGCAGCAGGAACAGGCAAUAAUGCAUCAGAUGCAGCCAACAACGCAGCAGGAACAGGCAAUAAUGCACCAGAUGCAGCCAACAACGCAGCAGACAGAGGCAACAAUGCAUCAGAUGCAACCAACAACGCAGCAGACAGAGGCAACAAUGUAUGAGAUGCAGCCAACAACGCAUCAGGCACAGGCAACAAUGUAUGAGAUGCAGCCAACAACGCAUCAGGCACAGGCAACAAUGUAUGAGAUGCAGCCAACAACGCAGCAGACAGAGGCAACAACGCAACAGGAGCAGAUUGCUAAUGUAGCAGGAACGUCUUCAUCAUCGGUACAAGGAGCGGAAAAAAAAUCUAAGCGCACCCGAACAGCAUACACCAGUGCGCAAUUAGUUGAGCUGGAGAAAGAAUUUAACCGUACUCGUUACCUGUGUCGCCCACGACGUAUUGAAUUGGCUGCAGCACUUUCUUUGACGGAGAGACAAAUCAAAAUCUGGUUCCAAAAUCGGAGGAUGAAAUAUAAGAAGGACCAGAUUUUGACCUCCGAAAAAGUUAAUGCUGCAAAUCUGAAAGCAUCCACUUCGUAUGAAAAUACUGACGUCGCAUCGAGCGCCAAUUGGAAUGUCGAAAACAUAGCGAUGAAUAAUAUGGCGCACACGUACCUGGGUAACGCCGCAAUCAGUACACAACCACAACCACAACCACAACCACAAACACAAACGCAACCGCAAACACAAACGCAACCACAAACACAAACGCAACCGCAAACACAAACGCAACCGCAAACACAAACGCAACCACAAACAGAAACAGGCAUGUUCAAUUGUCCCCAGUAUGGCAACCAACAGAUGCACACUCCUGAGAAUGCGGCUUACUACGUUGAUCCAGGACCGUCAACACAACAUCACUUUACGAAUCCAUAUUUACAUCCAACAUACAAUCAUACAAUGUACAAUGCACAACCACAAUACGAAAGCCAAAUGCCAUAUCCAGAGGCAGAAAAUGCAGAUUAUACACAACGAAGUUCGCAUAUAGAUUCAGAGGAGAACACGUAUGAGAAUCAUCACAAUUUGGAUAACAACGUUCAAGAGCAACCGACGGCAACGCAAGACGUGAACGACCAUAAACACGCUAACGCGUGUGAUGUACCAAAUUCUGAAGCAGAGAAUUCAACAUUGCAGGAAGCGAUUCGGAGCAGCCUGUUGGAUCUUCAAGACUUAAUAGAUAUGUGAAUUACGUAAAUGUGUAUAAAAAUUUGUAACGACUUUCGGUUCUUGUAAAUUUAGUAAAUUUCUGAAUUUAAUGUACAUAAACAUAUACAUAAAUUUACAUAAACAGGUAGAAAAAUUUGUAAAUAUGUAAUUAAUUAUAAAUUAUAAUUAAAUAAAUAU